GCGCCGCCUGGGCUCUGUGGUGCGGCCCGGCCCGGCCCGGCCUGCUGCCGAGGUGCUGAGACAUGUGGAGCCGCUACCGGGCGGCUGCUGGGCUGCUGGGCCACGGCCGGUGUUUGAAUGGCAGGUCGUGGAGGUGGAAGAGCCUUUCCGCUAGUGAAAGAGCGCUGCAGUACAGGGUGGGCGAGCAAAUCCACGGGUUCACUGUGAAGCAGGUGACAGCUGUUCCUGAGCUCUUCCUGACUGCAGUGAAGCUUAGUCAUGACACCACAGGAGCCAGGUAUUUACAUGUGGCUCGGGAGGACUCCAAUAAUCUGUUCAGUAUCCAAUUCCGGACCACUCCGCUGGACAGCACCGGAGUCCCUCAUAUCCUCGAGCACACCGUGCUGUGUGGUUCUCAAAAGUAUCCCUGCAGAGAUCCCUUCUUCAAAAUGUUAAACAGAUCACUGUCCACUUUCAUGAAUGCAUUCACAGCUAGUGAUUACACACUCUAUCCAUUUUCCACACAAAACCCCAAGGAUUUUCAGAAUCUCCUGUCGGUCUACUUGGAUGCAGCUUUCUUUCCAUGUUUGCGGCAACUGGAUUUCUGGCAAGAAGGUUGGAGGUUAGAACAUGAGAACCCAUCUGAUCCUCAGACACCUCUGGUCUUCAAAGGAGUUGUUUUUAACGAAAUGAAAGGGGCAUUUACAGAUAACCAGAGGUUAUUCAUGCAGCACCUGCAGAGUAAAAUCCUUCCUGAUCACACUUAUGGUGUAAUCUCUGGUGGAGAUCCAUUAUGUAUUCCUGAUCUUACGUGGGAACAGCUUAAAGAGUUCCAUGCCACGCAUUAUCAUCCAAGCAAUUCCAGAUUUUUCACCUAUGGUAAUUUCCCACUGGAGCAACAUUUGAAACAAAUACACGAGGAAGCGCUGGUGAAGUUUGAGAGAAUCGAAUCAAAUACUGACAUCCCAAAACAGAAACUCUGGGAAAAGCCUAGAGAACACAGCGUAACAUGUGGCUCAGACUCACUUGCUGCUGACCCUUCCAAGCAGACAACUGUCAGUGUUAGCUACUUGUUGACAGACAUUACAGACACUUUUGAAACAUUCACACUAAGCCUGCUGUCUUCACUCUUGGUUGAUGGGCCAAACUCUCCUUUUUACAAAGCCUUAAUUGAGUCUGGGGUUGGUACAGAUUUUUCUCCUGCUGUUGGGUUUAAUGGCUCAACAAGAGAAGCUUAUUUCAGCGUGGGUCUACAGGGUAUUGCUGAAAGAGACAUUGAUACUGUGAAAGAGAUCAUUGCCAGAACAGUGGAUGAAGUUAUUGUGAAAGGAUUUGAGGAAGAUAGGAUUGAAGCUCUACUUCACAAAAUUGAAAUCCAGAUGAAGCAUCAGUCUACAAGUUUUGGACUCGCCCUGACAUCAUAUAUAUCCUCCUGCUGGAAUCAAGAUGGAGAUCCAGUGGAGCUGCUGAAGAUUGCAGAUAAAGUCUCCCGGUUCAGGCAGUGCCUUAAAGAAAAUCCCACAUUUCUGCAGGAAAAAGUUAAAACCUAUUUUAAGGACAACCCACACAGACUGACUCUGUCAAUGAGUCCAGAGGAAGACUACCACGAUAAACAAGCAAAAAUGGAAGCAGAAAAGCUAGGAAAAAAGGUCAAUGCUCUUUCUGAAGAAGAAAAAUCCCAAAUCUUUGAAAAAGGUCUGGAAUUAAUUGCUUUUCAAAGCAAGCCUGAUGACACCUCUUGUCUUCCGCUUCUAAAAGUGACCGACAUCGAGCCCAGAAUCCCAUUCACGGUGCUGGAGACAAGGCUCACAGCUGAUGACAUUCCUGUCCAGUACUGUGCUCAGCCAACCAAUGGGGUGGUUUAUUUCCGAGCCGUUUCCAGCCUGAAUACGCUUCCUGAGGAGCUCAAACCAUACGUGCCGCUCUUCUGCAACGUCAUUACCAAGAUGGGAUGUGGAGCCCUUGAUUACAGGGAGCAAGCCCAGAAAAUAGAACUAAAAACAGGUGGGAUGUAUGUCAGCCCACACAUCAUUCCAGAUGAUUCCCACCUGGAUGUGUACGAACAGGGUGUGCUCUUUUCAUCUCUGUGCUUGGAUAGAAAUCUGCCAGACAUGAUGCAUUUGUGGAGUGAAAUAUUUAACAACCCCCGAUUUGAGGAGGAAGAACAUUUCAGAGUGCUGGUUAAGACGAGUGCUCAGGAGCUGUCUAAUGGGGUUCCAGACUCUGGGCAUUUGUAUGCAUCUAUCAGAGCCAGCAAAAACCUCACACCCUCUGGGGAGCUGGAAGAAAUGUUUGGUGGCAUGGAUCAGGUGAAGCUGAUGAAGAGAAUAGCAGAAAUGUCUGAUAUGAAACCAGUCCUCCGCAAACUGCCCCGCAUUAAGAAGUAUUUGCUGAACAGUGACAACAUCAGGUGUUCAGUGAAUGCAGCACCUCAGCAAAUAUCAGAGGCAUCUAAAGAAGUAGAGAAGUUUAUAAAGGGCAUAGCUAGAAGUAAGAAAGAGAGAAAACCCGUUCGUCCCCAUGUGAUUGAGAAAUCUUCAGAAGUCAGACCUGUAGGAAGUGAAAUGCUUCCUGAUUUGCAGAUCACAAGGAAACUAGUUAAUGAUCCUACUUUCAAGCCAUGCCCAAUGAAGACCCAUUUUGUCCUUCCCUUCCCAGUGAACUACGUUGGGGAGUGCGUUCGAACAGUUCCCUACACAGCUGCAGACUAUGCAAGCCUUCGAGUUCUUGCACGGCUGAUGACAGCUAAAUUCCUGCACAGAGAAAUCAGGGAGAAAGGAGGAGCUUAUGGUGGAGGUGCUAAACUGAGCCACAAUGGCAUCUUCACUUUCUACUCCUACAGAGACCCAAACUCAUUAACCACCUUGAAAACCUUUGAAAGAGCAGUGGAAUGGGCCAGACGUGGAGAAUUCACCCAACAAGACAUCGAUGAAGCCAAGCUAGCAGUUUUUGCUGCUGUCGAUGCACCAAUAGCUCCUUCAGAUAAAGGAAUGGAUCAUUUCUUGUAUGGGAUUUCAGACGCCAUGAAGCAGACACACCGAGAACAACUCUUUGCAGUCAGCAGUGAUAACCUGAUUGAUGCAGCUAACAAGUAUCUGGCAGUUGGGAAGAGCACUCGUGGGCAAGCUGUGCUUGGCCCGGAAAAUGCAGAUCUCACCAAAGAUCCCUCAUGGGUCAAGCGAUAAAUUGCUGCUGCCCAUCCAAGCCAAUCUGUGUGACCAUCACUAGGGGUUUGUAGCAACUUUUAACAGUGCUGGGGUGCAACUUCAGUCUUCCUUGCUGCUUUUAACAGUGUCCAACAGACCAGUUGAAAGCUGUCCUGGUGAGACCUAUUGUGCAAGCUGUUCCAUCCAGCCCUCCUUGAGCUCUGUAUGGCGAAGCCAGAUGCUAACAUUUUCCUGAAGCCUGACUCCCCCCCACAUAAUGAAUAGAACAUAAAUUAAAUAUUUUUAUAUAUGUAGAACUCCAGAGUUUUACAUGGUGUGUUUGAAUGGGCUGCUCUUGAAUGUAUAAAGAACUUUUCUCCUACUGACAGAUUUCACUCUUCGGUGUGAUGAUUGCAGCUUCCUUUGCUUAAGACUGACAGCUAGAGGGACUCGGUGCUGUGGUGAACUGCAGUGGUCAAACCACUGAUCAACAUGUUGUGUUCAACUGGGACUUUGCAGAGAGCCAGACUGCGUGUAUGUGGGGUGAGAGCAGCCCUGAGGAGAAAGCCUUGGGGGUG